AUUCUUUCUUAAAGAAAACAAACCAAGGUGUUUCCACAGUUACAAAAGAGCAAUGGAAACCAUUUGAGUAUUGCAGUCCUAGUCAAAUAAUCAACAAAUGCGAAAAGAAAAAUCAGGGGGAAGGGUCAUCUGCAGCCAGUGUUAGAAGCAAUAGCAGCAGUGUAGAAAAUGCUAACAGAUUUUGUAAAGUACAGAAAACCCUGGCAAGUGAACCUGGUAUUUCCCACAAAGAAAGUUAAGUUAUCUGGCACUGGCAUUGAUACUAAGGGUUCUAGUUCAAGGUAUGUGCUUGGUGAAAAAGACAAUUUCAAUUCUAAACAGUCUCUGAUAGAUACUGCUAAACAACUACCAAAUCCACCGGAUAUUUUAGUUGGAACAGAAACAUAUGCUAUGUCAAGUGAUCAUCAGGGCAACAAUGGUAGUAAAGUGAUUCUUGGUCAGAAAAGGAAAGUUAAAGACAGGCUGGGUUCCCAACUGUGUUCUGCAAUUAAUAGAACAGAAGAUAGUAGAAAGAUUGAUAAAAGAAAAGUGUGCUGUUCACCAAAAGGCUCUGAGAUUAAAACUGAUAUAAAAACAAUUCAACAUGAAUCAGGAAACACUCGAACAAAAGUGAAAAAGAAAUCGAUAGGCAAACACAAAUUAAAAAAUGACAACACAGACUGUGAAAUGGCCAAAACGUUAAGUGGUGAUGUGAGGAAAGUUGUGUCAUCAUCUGAAACUAGUCAGUGUUCAUUACCAUUAGCAGAUAUUCAUGAUACUGAACUGGCUGCAAGAGACAGAUUUAACGCCAGUGGGAAUAUGCAAGCAUCUGAUGUAAAUGUUCCUAGCCAGCACCUAACUGAUCCAGAGAAACUCCACAGCAUUCAGUCCUGGAUAGAUCAGUGUGAACUAGAGGAUGAUCUGUCUGACAAGUCUAGUGAAAUAUUUAUACCACAAUGGAAUUUUUCUUCACCCUAUCAUGAUUCUGGGCGUGAUAGUUCAGUGCCCAGAAAUCAUUCAGACAGUCGACGAGUAGUUGUGACAAAUGACAAGUUAUCAAUAUCAACUGGUGAUAGUGUUCUGCAACCAUCGGGUGGUGAAUCACAUAGAGACACCAGUACUGGUCCGAGAAAUAAUUCCUGGAAAGGUGUACAUGCUACACCCGCUCCGGUGAACCAUCGCAAUGUGAUAAGUAUGGAGAUUGAUGAAUGGAAACCACAACCAGUGGCUGAUGAUGACCGACAGAUUGAGGGCAUGGAUGUCUCCGAGAUAGCAUUGAAAGAAGUGCGGGAGCAUCUACAAAAGCAAAUUCCGACUGAGGUCACUGGUUCUCUCACAGAGCGUAUAUCCAUAACAGAUAGCCAGUCGAAGCUUGCCAAUCUGCACCAGGUACAGAAGCUGUUGAUAGUGCUGGACACGAAUGUCUUGAUAGAAAAUCUAGGAUUUGUUGAGGAACUCCGGGAUCAAGAAUUCAAAGAACUUGCCAAGCCUUUACUUGUGAUUCCAUGGGUUGUGAUGCAGGAGUUAGAUGCUCUGAAAAACAGCAAAAACAACUUUUCGUUGUCCACAGCCAGAAAAGCAAGAGGUCCAGUUAAUUUCCUGUUCCAUUGCUUCAAAGUCCAACAUCCUCGAAUAAUAGGUCAGACACCUGAUGAGGCUAAACAAGCAUUAGAGGAGUUUACUCCGGAAUGUAAUGAUGAUCGUAUUCUUCACUGUUGUCUCCAUUACAAGAAGAGAAAUCCUGAAUCACAUGUGAUCCUUCUGUCCAAUGACAAGAAUUUGUGCUCUAAAGCUGCCAUACUGAAAAUACAGGCAUACUCCAGACAGACAGUGGUAGCAGGCAUUGAAGCACAAUCUAAAUUUCUGUCCUCUGAGAAAGCCUCUGCAGGUUCAGAGAUUCCCCAUACACCAUCCAAGAAUCCUCGCAUAUCUCCUAUCAGAUCCCCAAGAGCAACACCAGGAUCUUCAAAACCACUACACAAACAUGAAGAAAACUUUGAUGAUGUGGUUGACCAGAUCCUGUGUAAAGCCAAGUUGCUGAUAAAAGACUCGCUGAGCAUUGUUCUAGAGAAGGAGAUGAAAGUUGCAUUUAGUGAUGUGUGGAUGGAAAUUGUGUAUAGAAAGCCACCAUGGACAUUAGAGGAUAUCCUAGAUUGUUUCAAAAAACAUUGGACAGCAGUGUUUGGUAUGAUCUACAACAGAAAACUCAGGGAAGAGGUCCACCGCUUAGUGGAAAAAUUCAAACCAUUUAAAGGAUUUACACCAACGCUGGAAAGUGUAGGAGAACUGGUAGACGAUGCUGUGAAAAUUAUAAAGGAAUGCGAAGUCCAUAGCAACUAUGGUAUAUUAUUCCAGGAGGCAUCUGCUGAACUAAAACUGGUGCAGAAGUUUCAACAAGAAUGUAACGCUGGCACCAUCAGUGGAAUAAAUUUGAAAACCUACCUCAAUAGGAAAUCCAUAAAGAAGAGAUUAUCUCUGGAUGGUGAUAUGAAAACAGUCGCUCCUUCAUCCCGACCUGAGUCUGUUAGCCCGCCAAGUGUGGCCUCUUCACACAGGUCACCCAGUGUGUCUGAUGAUGGUGUGAUUCACAUACAACCUGUAGAGAACAGAUUUUGCACAGUCUGGCAGACCAUCCUCAAUAUCUGUGAUACUAUGAAGAUGUGGGUUGAAACCUCUGCUGAAAAACACCAACAGGAAAUGAAUGACACUUUAAACAAGCUGGUCCCUUUCAUCAAGGAUCUACGCUAUCAUUUUGAACAUACCUUGAGUUUUUCUCCUACACAGAUAAAGUCCCAGCAGAUGCAUGUGCAUGACAUAUGUAUCAAGCUCAACACUUUCUUCUCAGCCAUGGAGAUAGAGGAAAGUUGUGAACCUGUUGAGAUUGAGCAAGUUCAACUCUAUUUUGCAAGUGAAGAAAGAAGAACUAUGUUGAGAGCUGGUCUACAACAACUGGAUGAGAUGAUAAGAAGCUUAUUUACAUUUCUACACUUACUGCCAGACUGAAGGCUGUGAGAGAGGUGCUGAUAUUCUACACCUGCUGUCAGAGGAUUGUAAGGGAUUCUACAGAUUCAACAACUACUGCCAGACUGAAGGCUGUGAGAGAGGUGCUGAUAUUCUACACCUGCUGUCAGAGGAUUGGAAGGGAUUCUACAGAUUCAACAACUACUGCCAGACUUAAGGCUGGAAGGGACUCUGCACAUUUCUGACCUAAUGCCAGACUGAAGGUUAGGAGAGGGGUGCUGUACAUUUCAGCAUCUUUUUCCAGACUGAAGGCUGAACGAGAUACUGCAUGUUUCUACACUUACUGCCAUACUGAAUGUUGGAAACAGUGCUGCACAUUUCUAAACCUACUGUUAGACUGAAGGUUUGAAGGGGUGCCUCACAUUUCUAAGCCUACUGCCAGACUGAAAACUUGAAGCAAUUGUGAACAUUUCUACACCUACUGUCAGACUUAAGGCAGGAAGGGGCACUGCUUGAAAGAUGUAGAUCAGUUUUAAAUGAGAUAAUGUUCUUUCAUAUAGAUUUCAUUAAUAUAAGUGUAAGGGGGUGGUUCUCUGGAGAUGUAGAGGUUGGAGAAUACUGUACAUGAAUGUAUGCAAAAUGGGCUUUCUAAUGACAGUAUUGCAUGAAAUGAAAAUGGAGGAACAGGCCUGGAUUCGGACGCUAACAUCAGUUAAGUGGUUCAUGGGAAAGAUAGGAUUUGAAAUAAGAUUAUUAUAUACUUUGUUAGAGUAUAAAAAGAACCUGCUGUGGAUGAUCAGAAAUAAGAAAGAAGGAAAGACUUUGAAAAGGACUGGAUUUACUAAAAUAUUUACACAAUAACCGAUUCACUUUGAAAACAAAAAGUGUUGAUAGAUGAUUCACUGAAGAACUUGAAAGCAGAUAGUACUUGCAUUAAAGUCAUAUUACUGUAGGUAGAAAUUCCUUAUUAAUCAAUUAUUUCUAUGACGGAGAAAUUACAAUAUUGAAUGUUGGCUUUGGAAAGAAAUACAGAAAAGGAGAGAGUUCAGCUUUGAAGUUCUCUAAUGCAGAGAAUGUUAAAAAUACGAGUAGAAUGAAGAUAACUUUUGUAAGUAAACAUUUAUAGAAUUUUGUGAUAAAUUAAAUGGUGCUUUUCUUGUGAUGUUAUGAUUGCAAGUGCUAUGAAUUGAUUGUUAGAGAAACUUUGUUUGUCAAUAUUGCUUACCCAAACCAGUUGGGUUCUUCAUCUGAACUGGUCUUCAUUACGAAAUAUAUGUAUGUUUCUUACUCCUAUCAAAUACUCAAUGCAAGUAGUAAAAAUAGUAUAUACUAACAGUAUUGUUUUAUACUAGAAUCAUUUCAACUGUUGUUGGCACAGUUAUGUCUAUAGAAUCUCGAUGUUAUGCAUUCAUUAACAUGAGAAUAAUCCAUCCAGCUGAUUGGCUUCACAAAUGACAUUCUCAAAACGUUUGCUAAUGUUACAGUGAGGAUGUUGGUAAUAUGUUUGCUUGUGGGCAUUGGUUCUUUAACUAGGAAUAUAGUUCCUGGCCUUGGGCAUUAUUUAUAUGACAACGAAAAUAGUCAUAAAUCUUCCCUGGUUGAAGUAAAUUUGCUUUGGCAUUGGUUCUUUAACUAAGAAUAUAAUUCCUGGCCUUGGGCAUUAUUUAUAUGACAACGAAAAUAGUCAGAAAUCUUGCCUGGUUGAAGUAAAUUUGCUUAAUCAUAUGUGAAUCGCCAAAACUAUAUGUCUUUUAAAGACCUUCGUAAUAUUCUUUUUGUACUCCAGUGCACUGUAUGAAUACUAGCAGAAGAAAACUUGGUUUUCCGUUGACUUUUAACAAAAUUUAAGAAAAGCAGAAGGUUGAUUUCUAAAAUAACAGGUAGCUAUAUUCACAUAAUUCUCUUAUCUGCAAAGAUUCUCCAACAAGAAUAUGUUUUCAUGUUAUACAGUAUUGAGAAGUUUAUUUAUGUAGCUAUAUUAUCAGAGAUUACAGGAAUAUACUAUAUGAUGAGAUUGCUGGGAAUACAAGUCGAUAAACACACAUUCAGAGAUCAGAAAUACUCAGGGGCAUGGAUAAUUAUCAAGAUAAUUUCAUUACUUUUCAGGUUGACUUAAUUUUUGUGAUGAACACUUUCAAUGAACAGUUUUUGAUUGAAAUAUCUAGACAAUACCAUUGCUUUAAUAUCCAAUUUUUUGAGUUUUUGUUAAGAAUUGUUGAAUGUUUUGGUGUCAACUAAGUCAUUCAAGAGGCUUAAACCUGAGAAUGUGAGCUUUAAGAUUCCAAAGAAUUUGUUGAGAAACAUCUUUUCUUGAAAAAAUACAAACUAUCAUUUUAAAUAGAAAAGUUCUAGUCAUAUGAUGUUGUAAAACAUAUUUGUAUAUAAAGUGAAGUGUGUAUUUUGAGGGGUACAGCUGCUGGACAGCAAUUUAAAGGUGCAUUAAUGAUACAUUAGUGAAACAUAAUAACCAAGUUGCAGACAACCAGCAGGCCUCGUGUUUGCUAACUUAAUUAUAUUUCUUCUCGGGUUGAGAUCCCCUUUAUCACACUUCUAAGUGGUAAAAGAUACUAUCAGUCUUUAUCUCACAUUGGUGAGCAACACUUGUCUAUUGUAAGAUCAGGGAGGAAUUCCCCCGCCUGUAAUGAAGAGGCUUGAUGUUGCUGUGUUGUUAAAAUUACAGUUUUUUUUGUAUCAUUGUCAUUGAAACUUAUUUGUGAAAAAAAUGCCAAAGUGUUCUCACAGACACAUUAAUGUUGCAAUACCCACAUGUGUUCUUAUUGCUUCUCACAUGAUACAUUUCACAUUGUAUAUGCUUGUAUAUAUGGUGCUGCAGAGAUGUGUCUUAUGAAGUGUACAAUAGUAGUUAGUCAUCCUGGUACAUUACUUUCAACUUUAAUGGUUCCAAUUGCAAAUGCAUUUCCAAUAUACAUGUUAACUUUGUCACUAAAAAUAUUGACUUGUAGCUGUUACAUGCUAAAAACUAUAAAUAUUAAGUUUUUUGUAUAAGAUUUUAUUCAAAUAUUGUAUACUUACUGAUGAACAGAUUGUACCAAUAUUGUGUUACUGUCUCAUCUGUGCAAGCUUUGUCAAUAGUUUUAAUCAGGUCACCCGAGACAGUCUUGUGGUGACCUAUGGCAAUCACCUUUUGUCUGGCGUUGUGAGUCGUAAACUAAUAUUUUCGACUUCUUCUCAAAAAACCCUGAACCAAUUUUACUGAAAUUUUACAGAAACCUUCCAUACCCAAAGGUGCACUAAAAGUGUAAAUCAUAUGGUCCCCAUCCACUAGGGGUCUGGGGUAGGACAAAAAAAGUGUCAAAAAAGAUUCAGGUACUCUUCAUGGAUGGAAAGGCACUAAGAUGCUGUACCAAACUUGUCAAUUUCAUAACCCCAGGGUCCAACAUUACCCCCAGGGGAGGGGGAAAAUUUACUAAAUUUAUAUAGGAAAAUUACAUUUUUGAGCAUAAUUUUAUUUAUCUUUAUUUUCUAUUGGAAAUGAUUCAAACAUGGUUAGAAUUGUUACAAUAGGAUGACAAUUUGAUGAUAUAAACAUGUUGAUCCUGAUUAUUAUGCACAGUUUACAUUUGAAUUAC